AUGGCUCCUAUCGCCCUUGACCAGACCAUUGACCAGCCGAGCUUGCACAAAACCACCAUAGCAGAUCCAAGCAACAGAGAGACAGGAGAAAGCAUUCGUCUCGCUGCGAGGGCCGGCGCAUACGACAAGCAGACUUCCGGCGCGGCGCCUGCCUAUGUGCAGGCAAAUCUGAUCGCCCUGCCAUCGCGAUUUGCAGCGGACUUUAGAUUGCUGUGUCAAAGGAAUCCCGUACCGUGCCCCCUGCUGGCCGAAUCGAAGGAAGUCGGGAGCUGGGACGAGCUGAAAUCCUGGGUGCCUAGCCUGACCGGAAAAGAUCUUGCGAAGGACCUCGACCUUCGCCAUGACUUUCCAAAGUACAUGGUCUAUGAGGAUGGCGAGCUGACAAUCUCUCACUGCGGCGAUGUUGGCGCGGUCUGGACCAAAGACCAUGUUGGCUUCUUAAUUGGCUGUUCGUUCAGUUUUGAAGCCGCCCUAACAGCCGAAGGAUUGGUUCCAUCCCACGUGGCACACAGUAGGAACGUGCCAAUGUAUCGCACAAGCCUUCCUCUGUGCCCCGCCGGCGUUUUCAGUCAAUCCACAUAUGUGGUGUCAAUGAGACCCUAUCAGAGAAAAGACAUCCAGAGGGUAAGAGACAUCACGCGCCGAUAUGUCGCGACUCAUGGCGAGCCCAUCGACUGGGGAUGGGAUGCCCUCUCGCGCCUCGGGAUCAAGGACAUCAAUAAGCCAGAGUUUGGAGAUACACCUGUCUUACCUGACGGCUCGGCGCUCGUUCAGCAACUUAGAGCUGAGUCUGAGGAAUUCAUCCCCGUCUUCUGGGGAUGUGGUGUCACGCCACAAGAGGCAGUACGACAAGCUGCUCUAAAAGGCCCUGUCAUCGGGCACGCUCCGGGACACAUGAUUGUGCUGGACAUCAAGGAUUGGGACAUUAUUCCAAGUAUAUGA